GACGGAACAUUUGCUCUGCUGUCGCCUCCCUCUCCAAGAAGCCAAGACGUUGCUCCGCACCGAUUCGUGUGGCCCCAAUCCGAGGCGCGGUGCCCGUUUGGGAAGGUCGGCUCUCGGUCCCCUCCAGGGCGGAAUGAUGGUUCACUGCGCGGGGUGCGAGAGGCCCAUUCUCGAUCGGUUCCUCUUGAACGUUCUCGACCGCGCAUGGCACGCCAAGUGUGUCCAGUGCUGCGAGUGUAAUUGCAACCUGACCGAAAAAUGUUUCUCCAGGGAUGGAAAGCUCUAUUGCAAAAUGGACUUUUUCAGGCGUUUUGGUACGAAAUGCGCAGGCUGCUUGCAGGGCAUUUCGCCCAGCGACCUCGUGAGAAGAGCGCGCAGCAAGGUGUUCCAUCUGAAAUGUUUCACGUGCAUGGUGUGCAACAAACAGCUGUCCACGGGCGAGGAGCUCUACGUCAUCGACGAAAACAAAUUUGUGUGUAAAGAGGACUACAUGAGCGCGAGCGCCAUCAAAGAGGUCAAUUUAAAUUCAGUGUCAUCAUGCACGGACCGGAGUUUAUCGCCUGAUCCGAUUCAGGACGACACGAAGGAGACGGACAAUUCCACCUCCUCAGAUAAGGACACUAACAACAACGAGAACGAGGAGCAAAACUCGGGCACGAAGCGGCGGGGCCCGCGCACCACCAUCAAGGCCAAACAGCUCGAGACUCUGAAAGCCGCGUUCGUGGCGACGCCGAAGCCCACGCGACACAUCCGCGAGCAGCUCGCGCAGGAGACAGGCCUCAACAUGCGAGUCAUACAGGUGUGGUUUCAAAAUCGGCGGUCUAAAGAACGCAGAAUGAAGCAGAUCAGCGCUCUCGGUGCUCGACGACACGCUUUCUUCAGGGGACCACGCAGGAUGAGGUCACUCGGAGGAAGACUAGAGGACCCUGACAUAAUGGGCCCUGGAGGAUACAGCUACUAUGGAGAAUACCAAGGUGACUACUACGGGCCAGUGGUCAACUACGAUUUCUUCCCUCACGGACCCCCUUCCUCACAGGCGCAGUCUCCAGCCGAGUCCCCUUACCUCCUCAGCUCGGGUUCAGGAGCCCUGGAGGGCGGCCCGGUCUCAGCUCACCACCCCUCAGACGACCAAAGGUUCACGGACAUGAUCUCCCACGCAGAUACCCCCAGUCCCGAGCCAGGCAUGACCGGACCUCUCCAUCCCAAUCCACAGGGGGAGGGUGGCUUCACAGGGGGUCCGAGUCCACCCUUCCCCCUGGCCAACAACACCAGUUACAGUGGCCCCAUGUCCCAUCCUGGUCAAGAGAUGGGGGAGAACACUGUUUGGUAGGACAGAGAGAUGGGAAAGACUCUGAACUAUGGACACAAGAGGGAAUUCCACCCUAACUGGUCUGCCUUAGUGCUAUAGGUUACUGAGGGAGGGUUUAUCGGCUGGUCAUGGACCAGAACAAACCAAUAUUUGGAGCUGAAAGGUGGAAAGACAUACGUUUCUACUGUCAAAGGAUGUGUAUUGUCAGUGGUCAUCUUGACCAAUCACAUUGGUUUGAUUCCGUUGAUAUGGUUUCCCAAGUUCAAUAUUACGAUUGCGACAAUAGCGCAGAUGUUCGUCCAUGGGGUUUUCUACUGCUUUGACUUACUGAUUAGUAAAAGCUGUCAAACUGCAUUUGAUGGUCAGAAGCGAGCUAGUACUUAAA